CGGCGUUCACACGUUUCCAGUUCCAAGCCCGGACUACGCUCGGUCGGUUUAGAUACCAGUCGAGCGUUACCAGUCGCUCGAGCAACAUCUUGUCUCGCGAGCGUGUAUUGUUGUGUCAUUUUAUUUCCUAUUUUUUUUUUACACUCUGUGAACCACGACGCGUGGUUGGGAAAAACUCAAAAUAUAACCUCGACAUUUGUCUGACACAAAAAACAACGAAUCCAACUACUUUUCGAUCCACAACACGGGUAUCCAUAAAUAAUACAUUCCGCGAGUGUGUUUUAGUUUGCUUUGUGUUUUAAUACCGUGUAUUUAUUUAUAUACGACUGGUUUGAGUGAUUCGCGAUGGAUUUGGGUUAACCGGCGAACGAAUUUCGCGCGAGACCCGAUCCGUCUCGCUUUUUCGAGCGUUACGCUUUUUUAUAUUCUUCGCCGCUGAGAUAUCUAUUCUCGUCGAUAUAUAGCACUCUCGAGUGUUUAAACACAUUAUCUAUUCUUUAUGCGGUUGUUCUGUGCUGCAUACACAUACACAAAGUACACCCAUCGACUCACUGGAUCCGAUUGUCUAGUCAUUAUUUUCGCGAGGGGGGCGAUUUCUGGUGUAUUAGUAGCGCAUUUGUGAGUACACACAUAUAUUUAUGCGUCGUCGUAAAUGUACGCGCGGAGCGUGCAGACGCUUUUCUGCUCAUAUGCGUGGGUGAGUGAGUUAACGUGCGAUUGUGUGUUUGGCUAAAUCGCCGUUCGUCUCAUCUCGAGGUUGUCACAUCGCCGGCGUAGCGAGGAAUGAGGGGUGGCGGUGGAAGCAGCGGGGCUGCGGGCGGUCUGAAGUUCACGGUGGCUGACACUUGCGAGAGAAUCAAAGAGGAAUUCAAUUACAUCCAGCAACAGUACCACUCCUUGAAGCUCGAAUUCGAAAAACUGGCGAACGAGAAGACCGAAAUGCAGAGGCACUACGUCAUGUAUUACGAGAUGGCUUACGGCUUGAACGUCGAGAUGCACAAGCAGACCGAGAUCGCGAAACGAUUGAGCGUCAUUAUUUCCCAGUUGAUACCCUGCCUCGCACAAGAGCAUGCUUUACAGAAUCAACAGCAAGUUGCCAAUGCGGUGGAGAGGGCUAAACAAGUCACCAUGAACGAGCUCAACGCCAUUAUCGGGCAACAGCAACAGCAGGGAUUGCAGCAGCUUCUGCAACAAAUUCACGCACAACAAUUGCCACACGGGGCAGUUGUCGGGGGUUUACCGCCGGCCGGACUUCUCGGUUUUGCCGGGGCUGCCGUUGCCGCCGCCGGUGUUCCACCCCAUUUAGCGCUGCCCCCUCACCCCGCGGCGGCCGCCGCGACCGCCCAAGUGCAAGCGCAAUCGCUCCUCAAACCAACCGAUCUUCAGCAGCAUCGGGCCGCUGCCGAAACUCCCGAGGAUCGAAAACCCAUUUCUCUUGCCGACGACAGGUUAAGACGGUCCGUAUCGCCACCGGAGAAAUUCCGUUCGCGAACGCCCGAAGUCGAGAGCGAUCCGAAACGCCGGAAAGAGGAAAAACUCGGACACGAUAGCGACGGUGAGAAGAGCGAUCAGGAUCUUGUCGUCGACGUCGCGAACGAGGCCGCGUCACCUCACACGAAUGGCGACCAUUCGGAUCAUCGGGAGAACGGAAAUCUGGAAAAGCACAGCUUGACCGGUCACGGUGGUCCGAUAUCCGGCUCGGGUCCUGCUUCGGUCAAGGACAGACCACCCUCGCGGAGCGGAAGCUCAUCAGCUCGAAGCACUCCCUCUCUGAAAAGUAAAGAUAUCGACAAGCCGGGUACCCCUGUAGCGGCAGCGAGGGGAUCUCGCAGUUGUACCCCAACUAUGGGGGGCAUCCCUGGAGUCUUGGGAUCGCGGGUUUAUCAUCCGCCAUCGUCGAGGCAAACGCCGCCUCAGGGUUAUCAGGGCUUGCCCUCCCGCGGCAAUGAACCACCCCAGUCGCCCUCUUCGUACAGCAGCUUGCCUUACGCGCGAUCUUCAAUGCUCGGUUUCGACAGCCACGUAAGGAUACCGUCGACCAAUGGCCUGAACAACAUUUCAGGUGGUAAACCCGCUUAUUCGUUUCACACAAACGGCGAUGGUCAAUUGCAGCCAGUGCCAUUUCCAACGGACGCGCUUGUAGGUCCAGGAAUAGCGCGUCACGCGCGACAGAUAAACACGUUGAAUCACGGUGAAGUAGUGUGCGCGGUGACGAUUUCGAAUCCGACGAAAUACGUGUACACGGGGGGCAAGGGUUGCGUCAAAGUGUGGGACAUUGGUGUGGGUAACGGUGGUAGCAGCGUACCGAAGCCGGUAUCCCAGCUGGAUUGUUUGCAGCGGGACAAUUACAUACGUUCGGUGAAACUUUUGCCCGAUGGUAGAACAUUGAUCGUGGGUGGUGAAGCGAGCCAAUUGAGUAUUUGGGAUUUGGUGAGUCCGACGCCGCGGAUAAAAGCGGAAUUGACGUCCUCGGCGCCGGCCUGUUACGCCCUCGCGAUAUCACCAGACUCGAAAGUCUGUUUCAGCUGUUGCAGCGACGGUAAUAUCGCUGUAUGGGACUUGCAAAAUCAAACUCUCGUACGACAGUUUCAAGGUCACACCGACGGCGCCUCCUGCAUCGACAUUUCCGCCGACGGCUCCAAAUUGUGGACCGGCGGUCUCGACAACACCGUCAGAUCGUGGGAUUUGCGCGAAGGACGCCAGCUACAACAACACGAUUUUACUUCACAAAUAUUCUCGCUCGGCUAUUGUCCCACCGGCGAAUGGCUCGCCGUUGGUAUGGAAAAUUCCAACGUCGAAGUCCUACACGCCACCAAAACUGACAAGUAUCAGCUUCAUUUGCACGAGUCGUGCGUUCUCUCGUUGAAAUUCGCAUCAUGCGGCAAGUGGUUCGUCUCCACCGGCAAGGACAAUCUCCUUAAUGCCUGGCGCACACCUUACGGAGCUAACAUUUUUCAGACGAAAGAAUCGUCAUCGGUGCUAAGCUGUGAUAUCUCGACCGACGACAAGUACAUUGUUACCGGUUCCGGGGACAAAAAGGCUACGGUCUACGAAGUAAUUUACUAGAAGGAACGUACCGAAAGGAAGGGAACGCGCGCCCGAGCGAAAGAAAUAAUAUAAAUGAUGGAUAAUUAUAGGACGAAUGGAGUCUCUGCCGUUGCGGAGACUCAGCGCGGCCUUAAUAGACACUCUUUUCCAUCGUGCGUGUAUAUAUAUAUACUAUAAAAUAUAUGCAACAAUUGUUACGUUGAGGACGACGCAAUGGGGGAGGGCCUGUAAAGCAGGGGUCAGCUGAAAAGACGAAGAGGAAAAGCGAAAUAAGGGGGGAAAUAAAAAAAAAAACGUCUGGAUGAAUACAAAGAGCGUCUCACUUCGAUCUACGAUCAUUGGCUUCGGGAUUCUCCUCCUUGCAUUUUUGUAUAGUAAAAAAUGGCCGAACGGACAUCGUUGUUAGAACGUGCCGAACGCUGGCCAAACGAGUGAUAUAAUUACGUGUAGGCGUGACUGACUAAAGUCGUCUCUUUCCUCUUGGGAUAUGCGCUCAAGACACACACACGCACACACACACACACACUUUGACCUAAAAAUGCAAUUAACACAAAACAGCGUUUCGGAAUGAAUCAUUUUUUUUUUUUUUAUUGAUUUGACAAGUACACAGGAAUAAGAAUUUUCGUUGCUGAAUCGUCGGAUUAUCUGAUAGUUUCUAUUAAACAAUUCCGGAGUACGCUAAUCGCGUGCAAACAAAAAAAUUCAACGAGUGUGUGACGUGUGUAAUAAUAUUUCUGUACAAAAAAAUCGUUGCACGAUCUGAUCAAUUGUGGGAAUGUAAAAAUAAUUUUCAGGCGUGCACAAACGAAACAAACUAUUUCUCUACUAAAAUAGACGAACGGUUUUUCAGUGAGCGACUUGGAAUAACGAGAAGUGACGCAAACCGCGCGUGUGCCAGCUUCACAGCGUUGAAAUUCUGUAAACUUUUUUUUUUUAAUAUGAGUUUUUCACUAAUAAUCAAUAAUAAAUGUGGUUCUCGAAAGAACACUGAUCAAAACGGGUGCCAUUUUGCACAUCAGGAAUGUAAAACAUCGGAGAGAGAAGAAGGAACAGAAAUUAUAUAUUUCCCUAAGAUGUAUCAUAACGCGCCAGUUCACGUAUCGUCCUUUCCGACGGUCAUUUUCUAGCACGAGAAAACUGGCACCAAUAAUUCUCCAUCUCUUCCCCCCCUCUCGCUCCGCAAUCUAGCAAUAAAUACGUGACGAUUAAUAUUGCAAUUUUAUUUAUUAUCUUGCAUGGAGCCAGUCUUUCUCCAUCUCUCAGUGUGAUAUUAAAAAACAAAACAAGAAAAAAAAACGAAAUAAACAGAAUAAAAACGAAUGCCACAAAGAA